CUAGUAUGCCUUCUCUUUGAAGAUAAUUAAUUAACUGAUUAAUUAAUCAAGCAGCGUGGGAUUUGGGGACACGCGUCCGACGAAACAGGCAGAUUCAGACACAAAUCCUGGGGGAAAAACUAAAAAAAAAUUAAAGAGAGAAAAUAAAACAAACAGACUAUUUAUCAAUCAACCACACUCCAAUUCCCAGGAGAAAGAAAACAAACGGAAAACCAGCUGCGAAGAAGAAGAAGAAGAAACAGAAAACUCCGGUCACCACCGCCAUUAUUUUUUUUCUCUUUGGAUCAAGAGCAUCACCUCCUGAUUCAGAAUCGCAGAACAACCCGCGACCGACAACAAUGGCGGUUUUACUAUCAUCUUCUUCUUCCUCGGGACAAUUGUCCGCAUCUCCGUCGUCGGCGAAGAAACAGGCGCUGUUCAUAGUCUCCCUUGUAACCCUAUGGUACUCGUCCAACAUUGGGGUCCUUCUCCUCAACAAAUUCCUCCUCUCCAAUUACGGGUUCAGGUUCCCAAUCUUCCUCACAAUGUGCCACAUGUCCGCCUGCGCCAUCUUCUCCUACAUCUCGAUCGUGUUUCUCAAGGUCGUGCCUCUGCAGACCUUGAAAUCCAGGCAGCAGCUCCUCAAGAUCUCGACGCUCAGCGUGGUGUUCUGCGCCUCCGUCGUCGGCGGCAACAUUUCCCUCCGUUACUUGCCUGUUUCUUUCAAUCAGGCGGUCGGUGCCACGACGCCGUUCUUCACGGCCGUGUUUGCUUACCUGAUGACGUUUAAGCGGGAGGCUUGGGUCACUUACUUUGCCCUCGUCCCUGUGGUUAUCGGCGUCGUCAUUGCCAGCGGGGGGGAACCAGGCUUUCACUUGUUUGGAUUUAUCAUGUGCAUCAGUGCAACUGCAGCCAGGGCUUUUAAGUCUGUUCUUCAGGGCAUUCUGCUUUCUUCUGAUGGGGAGAAGCUGAACUCGAUGAACUUGCUCCUGUACAUGUCGCCAAUUGCUGUCUUCGUUCUAGUCCCCGCGGUGAUCGUGAUGGAGCCUGACGUGUUGAAUUACACAUUGGCACUCGGGAGGAAAGACAAGUUCAUGUGGUUGCUACUCAUACUCAAUUCCUCACUCGCCUAUUCCGCCAACUUAACAAACUUUUUGGUCACCAAACACACCAGUGCAUUAACCCUCCAGGUGCUGGGGAAUGCGAAAGGCGCAGUAGCUGUGGUGAUCUCCAUCUUCAUAUUCAGGAACCCGGUUACCUUCAUCGGGAUCGGUGGGUACACCAUCACUGUACUUGGAGUGGUUGCUUAUGGAGAGACCAAGAGAAGGUUUAGAUGAAUGAAUUUCCCACUUUCUUUUUCACCCUUCAUGUUUUCACAAAAGAUGAUUAGGGAAUCCCCCAUCUCUUCUCAGUCUACUGCAUAUGGGAGGAUGAAUUUUGAUUCAUUUACUAGGGAGAGAGAGAGCAUUUAUAUGUUGUAUUAUGUAUAUUUAAGGUAGGAAUGACUUAAGCUGGAGAUUGCUAGCAAACAAUGAUGAAUGAUCUUUCUAUUAUAUCCCAAGUUAAAUUUUACCUACGAAUUCACAUCGCUCCGAUAUUUUACAACGGAGAAACAUUGAUGCAUACGUCUGAAACUAAUCCGACUUCAUAACUGCUAGCAAAAUUCGAUGCAUACACCAAAUCAACGAGAGGAAGCAGAUUCAUGUUUUUACAGUCCUGUCAUUCGUUCACCGAUGAACUCAGCAGCGCACCAUGGCGAUUUCCUUACCGACGUAUAUCGAAAAGGUGAGAUCUCUAAUAAUCAAAAGAGUCUUUU